AUGUGCGAUAUAUGUCCAUUAAAAUGGUUGUGUCUAGUGUUACUGAGUGUAUGUGUUCACAGUCGUGAUGUAGAGCUUGAUCCAGUUCGGGAUCAAAUUGAAUUAUUUAGAGAAAGGAAUGAGAAAACUACCGUCACUAUGACCACAAGUAGCGGCGCGCCAGUGGAACGUCGCGACACCUCGACCUUGAACAGAAAACUGAUUUACAAUAACUUCUUCAUGGACUCCAUCACCCAUGUUAUUCGUGAACGAAUACCAGAACGAACCAUUCACGCUAAAGGAGCUGGAGCAUUUGGUUACUUUGAAGUGACUCAUAAUGUUGAACAAUACACUAAAGCCGAUUUUCUAAAUGGAAUUGGAAAGAGAACUCCCGUUGCAGUUAGGUUUUCGCCGACAGUCAUAGAACGAGGGGGCAGUGACUUGUUCAGAGGUACGCGAGGAUUCGCAGUUAAAUUCUAUACAAAAGAAGGAAAUUUUGAUUUUGUCGGCUUCAGCACCCCUAUGUUUUUUCUUAAGGAUCCAGUAUUAUUUCCUACAUGUAUACGUUCACAGAGAAAAAAUCCUGCCACGGCAGUUCGAGACAGCAACGUGCUGUGGGACUUCAUGACAUUAUAUCCAGAGAGCAUUAGCACAAUUUUAACUACGUUAGGAGACGAAGGUAUACCCAAAGGUUAUCGACAUAUGAAUGGAUUUAGUAUUCACACGUACCAAUUACAAAACAAAUUUGGCGAUAUUUAUUUUGCUAGGUUACACUUUAUUUCCGAUAUUGGAAAAGCGAGCAUUACCACAGAAGAAGCCAGAAUUUUUGAGGGCACUGAUCCUGAUGUCUUUACUAGAGAUUUAUAUGAAGCUAUCGCUUGCGGGAAGAAGGUCAGCUGGACCUUCAGUAUACAGGUAAUGAGUCUGAAACAAGCGCUCAAUUUAAGCAUUGAUGUAUUUGAUUUGACUUUAGAGAUUCCUGAAGAUUUAGUGCCACUCGUUCCUGUGGGACGAUUAGUUCUUGAUAGAAAUCCACUAAAUCAGUUUGCGGAAGUAGAACAACUAGCGUUCUGUCCUUGUAACCUAGUGCCAGGUAUUGACGGAGCACCAGACAAGACAUUUGAAGCUCGUAGCUUUGUAUAUAGAGAUGCCCACCUUUAUCGCUUAGGACCUAACUUUAAUAACAUUAAGGUAAACUGUCCUUUCUAUGCACAUACUUACAAUAGAGAUGGUCAUGCUCCAGUGAGAGACAAUGAAAAGGAUUCACCAAAUUAUUAUGAAAACUCUUUCAACGGACCAGUGGCGUAUAACGAUACUUAUAGAGCGGAUUUAAUUGACAUUUUUGAAGGAAAAUCUAACAAUUUUGCUCAAACAGCACGUAUUUAUCAAAAUAUGUCGAAAGGUGAGAAGGACCGCGUGAUCAGCAAUAUAAUGGAUACCUUAGUACCCGCUUUACCUUCCCUACAUAUAAGAGCAGUAAAAACAUUUAAAGAGAUUGAUCCCGAACUUGGUGGUAGAAUUGAAAAAGCUUUGAAAGAAUAUAAGAGAGAGGCCGCUUGUACCCUUCCGUUUGAGAAAUAA